AUGAAUACUCAGUAUUGUACAGCGCAUAAAUCGAUCUCUUAUAAAUUAGUAUUCGGACAGCUUCCCCACUGUGAUACUAAUUUAGCUAAUAUAUUGGAAAACGAAAAGUCAUUAAAUAAUCACACCCUAGUAUCUGAAGAUUCCCAAUCGAGUAUUGUUUCUGAAAUCAAUAGUGAAACGCUAGAAUCAGAACUCAAUGAAAUAUAUUUUGAGAAGUUGCAAGAGGUAGAAUCGGAACUUGACGAAAUAUAUUUUGAGAAGUCGUACAGGGUCGAUAGUGAUACAGAACAGAAUAACUAUAGUGAUGUUGAUAUAAAUGAAACACAGGAAAUCGACGAUGUAGGUGAAAUACAAGAUAAUGCAGACGAAAUACAGGAUAAUGCAAAUGAAAUACAGGAUGAUGCAGAUAAAAUAAAAGAUGACAAUGAUGAUUAUGAUAUACAAAAGUAUUAUAAUUCUGAAAUUGAAGAGUGUUCUAAAAACACACUAACCCCAGAAAUUAUUGAAAUUGUCGAUUUGGAUGAUGAUUCAAGUGAAAACCAACGUUAUACUUGGCAGGAAAAAGAGAAAUGA